GUUAGCGGGCAAUUACAGACAAAUGGAGGCCACGUCUAACUUCACGGCAAUGGUGUACAGAAACGGCCAAACAUUUGGUAUUCGUGAAAAUAUCCAGGGUAGUUGGUAUUAUCUGGACUUUACCGAUCCCACCAAGUCCAAUUUGGUGAUACAUAGUCAAGAGAAACAAGUAAAAGAGUUUCUCAAUUGUCAAAAAACAUCACCCCUUUUGGAUCAAGUGUCUCCUUCUUCUGCGCCCAACGCAAGUGUCAGUAGUGGUGAUCAGAGCAGCGCAUUGUCUCCUAUUGGGGAUCAAACUACGAGCGGUGACAUCGGAAUCGGAUCCACUCAUAAAAACGGCACGACUUCGGCCACACCUGAAAAGUCCAACCUGAAAUCAAAAGGACGACCGAAUGAGGACAAAGACAAGUCGGCGGCGACGGACUCGACGGCAACGGCUGAACCAAAAUCAAAAGCACCGCCGGAGCCGUCGGACGCCGAUAAAGGCUCAGACAUUAAGAAAAGCAUCGAGCCCUUCUUCAUCUGCACCGCCGUCCACAACACAGUCUGGUGUCAGCUCUACUUCGGUACAACCGGCUGCAGGUUCUUCAGCAGUACCUUCUGGUGUCAGUACCACUCCAUCGGGUGUCAGCGCCUCUGCGGGACAACCGACUUCAGUAGCGCCGUCGGGGCUGCGAGUCCAGCUUCUCAGACACCGGCUAUCAGUACAAGCGCUGGCGGUAACACUUCGCAGGGAUCGGGUGUCAGCGCAACCACUGCUCAAUCAGCUGCGAGUCCUGCAUCUCAGUCAUCGGGUGUGAGCACAACAACGGCUGGCAGUGCAUCCACUGGUCAAUCAGGUGGUAGUCCCGCAUCUCAGACACCGGCAGUUAGUGCUACGGGAGCGUCCGGUGCGAGUUCAUCACCGGCACAAACGACUGUCACGACGGGACCGGUGAACACAGGCUUUGAUUUUUGUGCUUUGAGUUCACCGAAACUCAUCGACGCGUUCACAAUCGGAAACACUAUAUACUUCGGU